AGUAAACAUUCUUCUGAAACAAUGUAAACAAACAAACACAUCGUACUAUAUAAAUCGUCUUCAUUGCUGGGCAAGUUAUAAAUAACUUAACAAUAGAAAAACUAAAGAACCCUUAAUUGUUGAAGGUGCAGAUACGGAUUUUCCGAGUGCUAAUGGAAUAAACAUAUUUCCAAAAAGCAUAGAUACGUUCUGGCAGUAGAAUAAAAAAAAUGGUUACAAAGUUUUUUUCAACAUGGAGCACAGAAAGACUUCCAACUGAUCAGAGAAUUCAACUACCUGACAGUUUCUUGCAGCUUGAAGAAGAAAUAGGAGUUCGAGAAGAAGGAAUAACUAAACUUUAUCAAGCUGGAAACGCUUGGAUUGAAUCACUAGGAAAGAGAGUUGAUGGUGAAGAGAAGGAAAAAUGUUUCCCGAUCGAGAAAAUGGGGCAAGUUAUGGUUAGCCAUGGAAAAGCUCUUCCUAACGACUCCCCUUAUGGUGCCGCUUUGGUUAAUUAUGGUCAAGUACAGCUCAAAAUCGGAGAGCUUUUAGGUUUCUUUACGAAUAGAGCCAAUGCCUGCUAUCUUGACUUCCUUAAGCGCUAUCUGGUGCAAAUGAAAGAUUACCAUACAGCCAGGAAGAAACUGGAAAGUCGUCGCCAAACCUACGAAUCACUCCUGAUGAAAGCUUACAAAGCUAAGAAGGAAGACCCGCGUUUAGAGGAAGACAUCCGUCUAGCUUCUUACAAAUUCGAAGAGUCAACGGAGAACGUUCGAAGCCGUAUGGUUGCUUUAAAAGAAGCAGAAACUGAUCAGCAGCAACAAAUGACUCAAUUAUUGACACACCAACUUGAUUAUUUUAAGGAAGCUACAAAGGCACUAGCAAAUGUUCAUGAAUUAUGCAGUUCCUCCAUAUCACAGAACCAAGAGGUCACCCAAGCCAAAAGUGAUGACGAGGUCUGUGAAGUUGAUCUGUAUAAAGCUUCCCUAAACCGAACCCCAAUUCAUGAGCCUAGAAGUUCACAACCUUCUUCUAUAACCUUCCAACUGAACGGAGAACCUAACAAUAAUUUGAGGGAGGGAACUAAAGAUCAAACGGUAGUUCAAGCACUUUACACGUUUACUGGGAGAAACAGCAAGGAACUUGACUUCAAUGCCGGCGAUCUCAUUUCAGUAAGCCACAAACUAAGCGAAGAUUGGUAUGUUGGAGGAAAAAUGAAUACUCAAAUGGAAGUAUUGGGCAAAUCGGGUAUGUUUCCAGCAAACUAUUGCCGUCGUAUUUCAGGUAGAGCCAUUCAAUACAAAACACCUACCAAUUCUAUAGAAAGAGCAAAGACUCUUCGACGUAUCGUCAGUGAUGAACCAAAGGACCUAAGCACUCCUAUUAAGCAAACUCAUGGUAAUAUAGGAAAGCUUCUCGAAAGCGACAACGGGACAUUUGAACCAGCUAGCAACUCUUCUCCUUCCUAUAUCAAGGUUCGAAAACCCUUACCUAGUGUCCCUAACAAAGGCGUGUUUAUGGCAUAAGACAAUACUUGUUUUCCUUUACAUCAGCGUCGUCUUUUUCCGAAUAACGGAUCACUUGAAAUUCAUUUCAUUACUAAUCAUGUCCUAAUAUUUUC